GAAAUAUGAGAACAGACGCUAACGGACCUGGAGGUGUGAGCACAGACAGCAGCGUUCAUCCGUCAGCAUCGGGCGCUGAGGACGGAGUGAUGCCAUCCUCGCUGUGGUGACAGCAGAGAGAGACGCAGGGCCGGAUUCUGGGAGACAGAGGCAGGUCACCAUGUGCCGGAAUCCGUCCAAAUACGCCCUCAUCUUCCUCUUCCUCGCUCUGUUUGGAGUCCUCUUGCUGCUCCGCAACAUCCACACUGUGGAGAACUGGAACUGUCACACGAUUUCCGCGCUCUACCAGCUGCAGAGCAGGAUCCAGUCGUCCUUCCUCCCCACUUUCUAUCACAACCACACCUUUUGUGCUCAGCUGGGCCAGAAACCCUCCCCCGAGGAUGAGCUGGAAGAGCGCUACCUGCUGGACUCCAUCGCCUGGCCCGGGCCGCUCACCCGCUCCGCACAGACGGCCUUGCGCCUGACAAGCGACCCUAUGCACAGCCUGUUCGCCAUCCUACCCACCAAAGGAGGCAGGGAAUGGCACGUGGGCGACCAGCUGGAGGUCCUCGUCCAGAUGCACGACUUCCACGGUCGUCCCAAGCGCUACGGCGGCGAUUUCAUUUUGGCCAGACUGCACUCUCCGGAGCUGGGCGCAGGCGUGGCAGGUAAAGUGCUGGACCACAGGAAUGGAUUCUACUCGGCUCUGUUCCCGCUCCUCUGGGUGGGAUCUGCCCAGGUGGAGGUCACGCUGGUGCACUCCAGCGAGGCGGUGUCGGUGCUGCAGCGGCUGAGAGAAGAGCGUCCCGACCGGGUUUUUUUCAAGAGCCUGUUCCGCUUGGGCUUUCUGUCUGAAACCACUGUGUGUAACAUGUGCCUGCCCCCCGACCAGCAGCCACUCUGCAACUACACAGACCUUUACACUGGAGAGCCAUGGUACUGCUAUAAGCCCAAGAUACUCAGCUGCGACACCAGAGUCAACCACUUCAAAGGAGGCUACCUGAAACACCUCAUCAGCAACAAGGAGGCGCUGCUCUUCCAGAGUGGCGUAAACAUCAAAGUUCACAUACACCCUUCAGGACCCGACAGAGUCACUGUGCUCCCACCAAGAAAAGAUAAAGUAGAGGCAGAGAGCAGCAGCGCAAAACCAGACGCCAUUAUGCUGGCGCCAUCGGGGUAUUACUACGAGGAGUCAUGGAGGCCAUUAGGGGGCGCCACAAUGCGCCAGUUCAAUGAUACAUCUGCCAUCAUUCGGUGUUUGAAGGACAAGAUGAUCCACCUUUACGGAGACUCCACCGUCAGACAGUGGUUUGAGUACCUCAUUGCUUUCGUCCCAGGGUUGAAGGAGUUCAACCUGAACAGUCCUAAAAACGUCGGGCCUUUCAUGGCGGUGGACAACGCGCACAACAUCCUCCUGAAAUACCGCUGCCACGGCCCGCCCAUCCGCUUCUCCACCGUCCUGUCCAGCGAGUUGAGGUACAUCUCCAACGAGCUGGACGGCCUCUCUGGGGGUCCCAACACCGUGGUGGUCCUCAGCAUCUGGGCCCAUUUCAGCACCUUCCCCGUGGAGGUGUACAUACGACGGCUGCGCCACAUUCGGCUGGCGCUGGUGCGACUCCUGGACCGGGCGCCGGGGACGCUCGUGGUGAUCCGCUCGGCCAACCUGCAAGCCCUGGACCCGGAGGUGAGCCUGUACAACAGCGACUGGUACUCCCUGCAGCUGGACGAGGUGCUCAGGGCCAUGUUCAAGGGCAUGAGCGUCCUGCUGGUGGAUGCCUGGCAAAUGACAGUAGCGCACCCCCUCCCCCACGACCUCCAUCCGCCACCAGCGAUCGUCAAGAACAUGAUAGACAUGCUGCUGUCUUACGUUUGCCCAGAGAAUAAGAAGAGCUAACAGGAG